AGCCAGGGUUGGCCUAGAGGGGCCACUGCCGGAGAAGGUGGGAAUUGAGGCUUCCGCUCAGCUGAGAGGCAAGAUGGCCACCGCUGGGGGCGGCUCUGUGGUCGACCCGGGAAGUAGGAGUCUUCUUCGCCUUCUGUCUUUCUGCGUUCUACUGGCAGGUUUGUGCGAAGGAAACUCAGUGGAGAGGAAGAUCUACAUCCCCUUAAAUAAAACAGCUCCCUGUGUCCGUCUGCUUAAUGCUACCCAUCAGAUUGGCUGCCAGUCUUCCAUUAGUGGGGACACAGGGGUUAUCCAUGUAGUAGAGAAGAAAGAGGACCUGCAGUGGGUGUUGACUGACGGCCCUAACCCCCCUUACGUGGUUCUGCUAGAGGGCACACUCUUUACCAGGGAUGUGAUGGAGAAGCUGAAGGGGAGAUCCGGCCGGAUUGCUGGUCUUGCAGUCUCUUUAGCCAAGCCCAGUCCUGCCUCAGGCUUGUCUCCCAGCGUGCAAUGCCCCAAUGAUGGGUUUGGUGUUUACUCCAACUCUUACGGGUCACAGUUUGCUCACUGCAGAGCCUUUCAGUGGAACAAGGUGGGCGACGGCUUGGCUUAUGAAGACUUCAGUUUCCCCAUUUUUCUUCUUGAAGAUGAAAAUGAAACUAAUGUCAUUAAGCAGUGCUACCGAGAUCACAACCUGGGUCAGAACGGCUCAGCGCCGGCCUUCCCGCUGUGCGCCAUGCAGCUCUUCUCACACAUGCACGCCGUCAUCAGCACCGUCACCUGCAUGCGGCGCAGCUUCAUCCAGAGCUCAUUCAGCAUCAACCCAGAGAUCGUCUGUGACCCCCUGUCCGACUACAACGUGUGGAGCAUGCUGAAGCCUAUAAAUGUAUCUGGGACACUGGAGCCGGACGACAGGGUUGUGGUGGCUGCCACCCGACUGGACAGUCGUUCUUUUUUCUGGAAUGUGGCCCCAGGGGCUGAAAGCGCCGUCGCCUCCUUCGUCACGCAGCUGGCUGCAGCCGAAGCUCUGCAGAAGGCACCUGAUGUGACCAACCUGCCCCGCAAUGUCAUGUUUGUCUUCUUCCAAGGGGAAAUUUUUGACUACAUCGGCAGCUCGAGGAUGGUCUACGACAUGGAGAAUGGCAAGUUCCCUGUGCAGCUAGAGAACAUUGACGCGUUUGUGGAGCUGGGACAGGUGGCCUUAAGAAACUCACUAGAGCUUUGGAUGCACACAGACCCCAUGUCUCAGAAAAAUGAAACUGUACUAAACCAGGUGGAGGCGCUCCUGAGCACCCUGGAGAAGAGUGGCGCUGCUGUCCCUGCCGUCGUCCUCAGGAGGCUGAACCAGUCCCAGCCUCUGCCACCAUCUUCUCUGCAGCGAUUUCUUCGAGCUCGAAACAUCUCUGGCGUUGUUCUUGCUGACCACUCUGCUUCCUUCCAUAACCUCUAUUACCAAAGCGUUUACGACACCGCGGAGAACAUUAACGUGACCUACCCUGAAGGGCAGAGUCCUGAGGAGGACCUGAACUUCGUGACAGACACGGCCAAGGCUCUGGCAGAUGUGGCCACGGUGCUGGCGCGCGCACUGUACCAGCUCGCAGGAGGAACCAGCUUCAGUGACACCAUAGAGGCUGAUCCCCACACGGUUACCCGCCUGCUCUAUGGGUUCCUGGUUAGAGCCAACAACUCGUGGUUCCAGUCUAUUCUCAGGCCAGACCUAAGGCCCUACUUGGGUGAUGGGCCUCUUCAGCAUUACAUCGCCGUCUCCAGCCCCACCAACACCACUUACGUUGUACAGUACGCCUUGGCCAACUUGACCGGCAAGGUGAUCGACCUUACCCGGGAGCAGUGCCAGGACCCAAGUCACGUCCCCACUGAAGACAAGGAUCUAUACGAGUAUGCCUGGGUUCAGGGCCCUCUGAACGCCAAUGAGACGGACCGGCUCCCCCGGUGUGUGCGCUCCACUGCACGCCUGGCCAGGGCCCUGUCCCCUGCCUUUGAGCUGAAGCAGUGGGGCUCCACCGAGUACUCGACAUGGACCGAGAGCCGCUGGAAAGACAUCCGCGCCCGGAUAUUUCUGAUAGCCAGCAGAGAGCUGGAGAGAAUCAGAGCCAUGGCCCUGCCUUCAGGAUGCUUCAAAUCUAAGUCAAAAAUGCAAAAGCAAGGACAGAGUUUAUCACCCUGAUAGUGGGCUUCGGCAUCCUCGUCUUUUCUCUCAUCGUCACCUACUGCAUCAAUGCCAAAGCCGAUGUCCUUUUCAUCACUCCCCGGGAACCAGGAUCUGUGUCUUACUGAAGAGGACCCCAGCUUUUCCUGCCAGCUCUGCAGUUCGCUUCCUAGAUCAUCUGUCCCGCUGGGACAUCAACCACUAGUUUGUCAUGGAACCUCUCUGGGCCUGGCUCAGACUUAACUUUGACAUAAAGCGGAACUGCCCAAAAGAGACAGUGAGAAAUAAUCGAGUCACCCACCGCCCGCAUCUCCCCUUUCCUGUCUGCUCUUCGCUCUUCCUUAUUCCUUGCCCCUGCCUGAUCCUGGGAUGACAAAUAGAAGCUUCCUGCUCCUUCUGACUCCUGCCCCAUGGUGGUUUAGAGCUCCCUGCCCUAACUUUCCCCUCUUCAGCGUCUCCUUUCUCUCCCCAUCCUGCGUUGUUCCUAUCCAUGCUCCCUGCUACCCCCGCUCCCUUCCUGACCAGGAAGGACGUGAAGGGUUGAAUGCCAGGAGCAAAUGACAAGGAAGCCCUCAGGAGGACAGGGCCAUCUGCGGGCUGAGCCUUCUGUCUCCCUCCAGCUGUCCUGUCUCCAGGCCCUUAGAUGGCGCGUCAGGCUGGGUGUGCUGCGGGUGGGUAUCCCACCUCCAGCCCACAGUACUCAGUUGUAAUUUUUAUUACGCUGUAAUAUCUGUUUUUGUUUUUGUUUUUCCUUUGUAUGUGUGUGUGUAUGUAAAUAUAUAAAUAGCAAGUUUCAUUAAAACAGACUGCCCCACACAA